AUGGCUUCGAUUCCACAGAUUAUCCUUUGUAACUUGUCCAUACACGAUGGUUUCAACAGAAAUAGGUUCCAGUCGAAAGGACGGACCUUGGGUCCUUCUCUGCUCCAAAACAAGUUGGGAUUGAGACCUUACUUGAUUGAGCAUAGACACAGAGAGAGACAGCGAAUGAUGGGUCUGGGAGAAAUUGGAAUUCCGGCGAGUGAGAAAGCUCUUAACCUGAAGAGACGGGUGGUUAGGGUUAGUUGUAACAAGGGUUUAGGGUUUAAUGGCGGAGAUAACAAUGGAAACGGGAGGAUCCUUGGAAACCUUGCUUUGGCUAUUGGCUUGACUUAUCUCUCCAUGACUGGUCAGCUUGGUUGGGUUUUGGAUGCUAUUGUAUCCGUCUGGCUGAUUGUGGUGAUUGUUCCAAUUUUGGGGUUGGGAGCUUUUCUUUGGUGGGCACAACGAGAUAUUGUCCAGAGCAGUUGUCCGAAUUGUGGAAACGAAUUUCAGAUAUUCAAGUCAUCGCUGGACGAUGAAGUACAGCUUUGCCCUUUCUGCACUCAGCCAUUCUCAGUGGUGGAUGAUAAGUUUGUUAAAGAACCAGUGAAAUUCUCCAACCAUACGAGUGCUUUCGGACAAGACCUAAAUGGGUUUUCUUCUGCACCUAAGAAAGGAAAGGGUUUCUCAACAGCAGUCGUAGACAUAGAAGCUGAAGUAACAGAUGCAGACUGA